CGCCCUCCAUCAUUCCCAUAAACUCUUCUGCCUGCCUUUGCUGCUUGCUGCGCUAGGAAAUCAUGCAAUUGCUCUGUUCUUGACCUGAAAAUAAGCUUUCAAGAUCUGCGCCCUCGGAGAAGCCUACAGUAGCUGACUCUAGCUAUAAAUCAUCAGUCGGUGCUCCGACAUUGGAGAUCUUUGGUCGCAUUCAGCCGCCCGGCUCCGUUCCAUCCUCCGUGCAACUAGUCUUGAACUGCUUGCACCGCUGUCGCACCACGACGUGCCGGUUCGGCCGAAAUCCCCACCCGCCUCGUCCUCGCCAUGACUUCCUCGGGCACGCCCGGGUCCCUGGCAAGUCGGCCGUUUCCCUUCUUGGAUUUGCCUGGAGAGGUGCAGAGAGAGAUAGUAAGACAUUGUCCCACGAGCGACUUGAUCAGUCUCUCUGUGGUCUCGAAGCACUUCCGUGAACUCGCUGCCGCUGAGCUGUAUCGCGACUUCCGCAUCGUCUUUCCGGAUGAGGACAACCCGCAAUUUGACGGGCCCGUCGAUGCCCUCGCCGGGGGCUUCGACACGUUCGCUACGAGCGACUACAACUAUGCCCAGCACCUGCGGAACCUCUGUCUUGAUACCCUCUACAUGGGCGACAAGGCCGAGCUUGCUUAUAGGCCCUAUCUUACCAACCUGAGCUGCGGCAAGUUUAUGAACACUUUGCUGUUCUUGAUUUUGCGCAAGGCGAAAGCGCUCGAGUCCUUCAAGUGGAACAUCCGCAUCGAACUCAGCCGUCCGGUCUACAAUGCACUGCACCAGAUCGGGUCUCUCUCUCACGUUCAUAUCAGGCUACACGCUGGACCCUCUCAGUACGAUGCGCCACCACCGCUUCCAUACAAUGCAUCCAACUCGACCCCGUCCUUAGCACCCGUGCAUGUUGUGCCGGUUAACCCCCUUCCUCCACCAGGCUUUGCACCACCUCCACUCCCUCCUCCCGGGAGCUUUUAUGUAGCAACCGUGACCACACCUUCCUCAUCGGUACCGAAAGCGCCACGGUCCAAGGUGGCCAAGAAAUCACCUUUUGUGAAAGAAGCCACGACGCUAUCCGGCUUCAAAAACCUCAAGACCCUUGCUGUCCUCGACAUCGACACGCUUGACCUUGUUCCUGAACUGAGGUCGUGCAUUCGGAACUCCGCUGGGACUCUCUCGAAGCUGAAACUAUCCUUCUCAGAAAAGCUUGCGUCGCUGGCCAGGAGUCCGUCGGUCGACCCAGACCCAGAAGACUCAGUUUCCGAGGACGACUUCCAGCCGUUACCGCCCCCACCGCAAAACGACGACGUGAGCGGGCCUGCCAAAGUCUUCCGAGCACAGGAAGAAAAGAAAGCACAAGAAUCCGCACUGGGUCGCAUCUUCGAUACCGAACCCUUGCUGGAUAUCAGGUCUCGGAGGAAUCGAGAAAAUGACAAGGGGAAACCUGAAGUGAAGGAUACCAAAGGGGAGCUCCCUAUCAAGUCUGACGACGACUUCGUUAGCCGAAUUAAGACAUAUGUGUCGAAGCUGCUCCCCGAGGUGAACGGCACUGGCAAUUUUGCGGCGUCCCAGGACGUCCUUGACGCGAUUGGACUCGCGGCUCAGAAGUACCUUGAUGAAAUCAAACCGCCCAAAGAGAAAGAGCAGGAAACACCGAACGACACUAACGCCUCAUCAUCGAGUGCCAAUCCAUCGUCUGAGACCACAGCUACGGAAGAGUCUGCCGACACAAACGAGUCCGGACUCAGCCUCUUCAGCCAACCCACAGCCUCUAGGAAAGCGAAGGCAGCGCAGAAGGACGUGAGCCCCGAGGAUAUUGAUAUCGAAGAGCCUGAAGGAGAGCUCUCCAUUGAUCCCCAGGACCCACCGGCCAGUGAUUCUCCAGUAGAUGAAACUGCAGCCACUUCUUCAGAACCAUCCUCGUCUGCAGCAGCGGGCGUUGCGCAUGCAAAAGCAGAGUACGGAAAGGCCAUGGCCAAUCUGGUUGCGCAAAAGGCCAACUAUAAGGAAUUGUCAGCGAAACUUGAUGAGUUCGAGGCCUACGCCAGACAGUUGGACCGGGAGAUUCAGCGAAUACAUGCCAACAGCGCGACUGUCGACCUCAAGAGCCUAGUGGAGGCCGAGUCGCAGAUGCUGAGCUUCAACCGGAGUAUCCAGGACAUGCAGCGGGAGAUUAGCAUUUUAGAAGCAGAGAUUGAGUUCGCCGAGCGGAUUCAGCCCACAACUACCGACAGGGACAAGUUACACGCUCACAUCCAGCGCAUGGGGGAGUACCUCCGCAAAACGAGGGGCAUGGCACUUGAGUCUCUUAGCAUCUACCUCAUUCCGGUUAAGGCGUCUGUUCUUUCCCGAGCGGUCGAUCUGCGCGUUCUUCGCCGCCUUACGCUUCUUAAUGUUGGCAUCCAGAACCCGGUCUGGGCGCUGCUCCACAAGGAGAACAAGGAGGCUCCGUUGGCGCUGCGCAAGAUCUUCACCGACCACGUCACACCCAUCUUUUUGAACUUUGUCUCGGCACUCCAGGAAGUGCACGAGCUCUUCAUGCUCGAGAGAGAGGUUAAGUAUAAGCCCGAGAGCUUUGCGCCGAGGACCGAGGUGACGAUAGACCAGAUCCGCAAGAUGGCGCUCAAGCGCCACAUGGGGACUCUGCGGCGGCUGAUGAUCAAAAACCUGGCGGAUACGGCAUGGGAUGUCAACGAGAAGACGGUGCUGCUGCUGUGCAGGCAUGGACGGAAGCUUGAGGAGCUGGCGUGCAACAUGAGCGUCCGGGCUAUGCACUCCUUCAUGCAGCACAUCGCCGGGCUGGCAAGCUUGAGAGCUCUGCACAUUAUCCAGCUCCGUAACGAGGAUACGUGUGUCUGGGUCAUGCGCGAGACGAAGCGGUUCCUGAUUGACAACAUCUCGCACUAUCCGUUCCUGAAGCUGGAGUGGAUUUCAAUCGAUGACGAUGAUAGGGCCGAGCAACUGAUCCGCGUUGUGCCCGAGGAUAAGAAGAAGAAAAAGAAGGGGGCGGACGAGGGCAAAAAGGACGGGAAAUCGACGGCCGACGUAAAGGCUAAGCAGACACCGGGCGGUCUGAGCUUGAAUCCCGGGCCCGCGGCUCCCGGGCCUGUAGACGACAGCGAUAGCGACGAUGAUGAUGUCACGAAGGGGCAGAAGAUCAUCACGGUGGAAGGCGUGCCUUUUUGUGAAGUGGAAGGCGUCAGGAUAUUCAAAAAGGAGGUUGUUGCCGGGAAGCUUUGAGAUGGCUGACAGGCGGACGGGUGGGCUAGAUAUCCGGAUAGGGGACGGGCUUUUGCAUCUGUCAUGGUUAAAAUAGGGAUGGGAAUAGGAUUAUGGGGGUUUGGCAGGACUGGGAAAACGUUAUUUUUCUUUAUUUUGUCUAUAUUCCCUUUUCAUCCCGCCACCUUCACCUUCACCUCCUUCUCCUUUAGUACCAUAAUUUUUUCCAGCUGUAUUUGAUCUUGUCAUCAUGCUGCUUUCCGUCCAGGUACAUUCUUUGCUGCUGUCACGGAGGCUGCGGUUGUUAGCGAGCGGAAUACCCCAUCAUCAUAUCAUGUAUGUACCGUACCAAUUAUAUGGUUGAAACCGUCCCCUUGAUUUCAAUCCCAGGAGCACGCAUA